AUGCGUCCAGAGCUCGCCAACACGCUACAGGAAGAGGUAGAGGCAGCUGUGGCAGAAGAAGGCUGGACGAAGGCUGCCACAAACAAGAUGCUCCUGCGCGAGUGCGAGCGGCAUAAUGGCCCGACCAUUGUGUCGAUGUUCCGCAACAUCCUGCAGCCGGUGACGCUCUUAGAUGGAACAUUCCUUCCUAAGGGUAUGAUGGCUGUCACACCAAUGUUUGCGACACACUUUGACGAGGUGAAUUAUCCGAACGCAACCCUAUUCAACUCGUUACGGUCCUACAAGAGCGACAAGUCCGUGCAGCCGCAGCUGAUCACCAUGUCUGCAGACUACAUAACGUUUGGGCAUGGCAAGCACGAUUGGUAUGUUGGCCUACCCUGUCGCACUUUCAUACAGUAA